AUGGUUACGUUAGCACUGUUAAUGUUGGAUACGACUUUAGGGUUCUUUGAUUUUACACCCACAAGCCCUGCUAAUCAACGAGAUAAUGGUGAUGCCGUAGUGGCAUUGAUGUUUGUACUAAGUGGUGAAUGUGUUAGUUGUUGGAUGUUAGCUUUACUUAUGUUUUUAUCACCAGGUCAUAAACGGAAACCCAUUCUUGCCCAAUUGGUAACGCUCUUAUUUUCCAUUGUUUAUAGUGUUGGGAUCAGUUAUGUUACCAGUACAGCCAAAUCACAAUACUUGGGAAAUCAAUUGGAUAUCAUAUCAUUAGAAGCUGCUUAUUUUGUUGAUACAGGAUUCAAAGUGGCUAAUUCUUUAGGCGAAGCAUUGUCAUAUCUUGCUUGGCUUCAGAUAGUAGUGCUGAUGUUUGCUGCCCGAUAUCGAAAUCGUAUAGGUGGUGUAUGGAUAACGGUGAUAAUUGCUACUUUAACGGUGGACAUUUAUUAUCUUGUUCAAUUGGAUUUAGAAGAGUAUUUAGCUGAUAUACCUCCUUCAAUUAUGCGAUGGUGGGUUGCUAGAGCUCUGUUGAAGCAGAUUUUAUUGGUGAUGUUUGCUGCAAGUCUUGGAUGGUUUACUAUACAUAAAAAGCCAACCAUUAGUUAUUGUCGAAGGCUUUUACCAAUGAGCGUAUUUGUAUGGUUGGUGUUUGCUAUGCACUUUGUUAUUUACAUGCUAUUGAUGACCAAAUUCCGGACCAAUUGGCUCGUUCGAAACUGGCUUGCUACAUUACCUCAAUACAUUAAUAUUGUAUUGAUUACAUUGGUAUGGGAAUGGGUAUUAAGUAUUCGAUCGUUAGAACGACGGAUUGAACACUCAGGAAUGUUGGGCCGAAGAAUGAGCUACGAAGAUAGAAUUAGUAUCACUUCACAUGCACAAGUGGAUAACAUGAAGAUUAAAACAGGGUUAUUGGGCAGGUUACUAGGUAAUCGAAAGAGUGUAAUUACCAAUGUUACAGAGGAGAAUGGUCUGAAUGUGCUGCCUAAUCCUGAUGAUACUGUCAACGGUUCCAAAGAGUUUCUGUGGCUGGAUGUUCAACUGUCUGAUACAAGAUCCCCUGAUCAUAGAGAGGGUACUAGUAGAAGUAUAAAUAUACCAUCAAGCGGUGACGCAAUUAGUCGAAAUAGUGAUGAUGAUCAUGAUGAUAAUGAUAACGAUCAUGACGAUCAUGAUGACAAUCAUGGUGGUAUUGAUAUUGGGUACUCCAAUGAUAUUAUAGGGGAAACUAUGGAUGAUAUUAUGGGGGAGCCUAUGGAGAACGAUAUCUUAGGACACAACAAUGACUACGGUGGGGCUGAUAGAAGCAGAUAUUAUGGCUACACUGAAGAUGAAAACGAUCUGGAUGAAGAGAUCAUAAUGACUGCAGGAAAUAUGGUGUCGGCAUAUAAUAGGGAAUGA